UUUGAACAGUUGCCUUUUCCUCUCACGUAAGGGAGAUCUCAUUUUCUUUGAGACUGGAUACAGUUGAAAGUAAACCAGACACCAACGAGAGGGUAUGAUGGCUAAGAAGCCCCCGAAACCAGCCCCUCGAAAGAUCUUCCAAGAAAGAUUAAAGAUUACUGCUCUACCAUUGUACUUUGAAGGUUUUUUACUAGUCAAGCGGUCAGAAUACCAGGAGUAUAAACGUUAUUGGACAGAAUUGAGAGGAACCACACUUUUCUUUUAUAUCGACAAAAAAAAUACAAUAUAUGUUGACAAGUUAGACAUAAUAGACCUUACACGCCUUACUGACCAGAAUUCAACUGAAAAGAAUUGUGCAAAAUUUACCCUUGUUUUGCCAAAAGAGGAAGUGCAACUGAAGACAGAGAACACAGAAAGUGGGCAAGAAUGGAGAGGCUUCAUUCUUACAGUAACAGAGCUGUCAGUUCCCCUACAUGUGUCACUCCUUCCUGGGCAAGUAAUUAGACUGCAUGAAGUGCUAGAGAGAGAAAAGAAAAGGAGGAUUGAGACAGAGCGGAUACCAAGUUCAUCUACGGAAAAAGAGAAGGAACCAAUCGAAGAUUAUGUGGAUGUACUGACCCCUAUGCCAGCAUGUUUCUAUACAGUAUCCCGGAAAGAAGCAACUGAGAUGCUUGAGAAGAACCCUUCUUUGGGAAAUAUGAUCCUGAGGCCUGGUAGUGACAGUAGAAACUACUCCAUCACUAUCCGGCAGGAGAUAGACAUGCCAAGAAUCAAGCACUACAAAGUGAUGAGUGUAGGAAAUAACUACACUAUUGAACUGGAAAAACCCGUAACACUCCCAAACCUUUUCAGUGUCAUUGAUUAUUUCAUGAAGGAGACUCGAGGCAAUUUACGACCAUUUAUAUAUUCAACUGAUGAAACCCUUGAGACCAAAGGAUUUCCUGUAACAUCUCUAAAAUGAAAAAAAAAUUUAGGGGGGAGGGGAAUGCAAUAUAAUUUGUCUCCUCCAUGGAUGAUAUUGUGUCAGUUAUCUAGUGCUAUGUAACAAACCACUCCCAAAACAUGGUGAUUAAAUCAACAACCAUUUUAUUUGCUCACAAUUCUGUGCCUCAUCAAUUUAGAUUGGAUUCAGUUGGGCAGUUCUUCUGCUAGUCUCACUUACAUGACUGGGUAGCUUGACUGGGGCUGGAUGGUCCAAGUGGGCCUCAUUCAUACAUCAGCUGUUGGUACUCAGCUGGGUCUGGCUGAAGCACUCUCUUCACAUGGUCUUUAAUCCUUGAGGAGGUUGGCCCAGGAUCUCUUACAUGAGCUCUCAGAGCAGUUAAGAAGAAAAGGGUAGCUAUAUGUCUGGUCUAGAAAUUCUUAGUGUUGAGGAUAAAGUAUGGCCCUCUUGGAGCUUUUAGUAUAGGAGAUGCGGUGAAAUGAAUAAAUAAUUCAAAGUGUAAAAUGUCUUAUGUACAGGAGCUCUACUUCUUUCUUUUAAAAAAUUAUUUAAUUUGCAUAUACAAUAAAGUUCAUUCUUUUUAGUAUACAGUCCUAUGAGUUUUGACAAGCACAACCACAAUCAAGAAAAAAAGUUCCAUCACCUCAAAAAAUGUCCUAAUGGUCUUCGUUUGUAGUCAACCCUUCUUCUCACCCACAAUCCCUGGCAAUCACUGAUCUUUUUUCCAUUCCUAUAGUUUUGCAUUUUCCAGAAUGUCAUAUAAAUGGAAUCAUAGUAUGGAACAUUUUGAGAUUGAUUUAUUUCACCAUAAUGUCUAAAUUCACACAAGUGUUGUGUGUAUUACUAACUUGUUCUUUUUAUUGCUGAAUAGUAUUUCACUGUAUGGUGGUACCAGUUUGUUUAUCCAUCCAUCAAUUUAAAUGUAUUAGGUUUGUUUCCACUGUUUGGCAAUUAUUAAGCUAUAUAAAUAUUCAAAUACA